AUGUCGCAGAACUCGAACGGCUACAACGUUCCCUUAUCGGAUGAAAAUGCUACGGCUGAGGAUGUGGCGCCACAACUUUCAGAGCAACCCGCAAACGUGGAUGCCGCCAUGAAUACCCCAAUUGGGGUUGAUUCAAACGAUGAUGUAACAGUCGCCCAGGAACUGGAAUUAGAGAAUAUGAGGAGUACAUCGGUAGAGGUGAUUGUAGAAACGCGCGCUUUUCAAAAAUCGACCGCAACUUCCCAUAGUCUUAAGCAAGCGGAAGCGGGCUGA